UCAAUCGGAGAAAUCGGUACUCGAUUCUCUGCCGCCGAAAGUUGAGCGGGGGAGCGAAUCAAGAUGGCGGACAAGACGCCAGGCUGUUCGCAGAAGGCCAGUGGGAAGCCCAGGAUGCCAGACACAACACGUAGCACUGGAUCUCCAGAAAAUCAUCCGCUUUUAGAAAGCAAACUUAAAGCUUUCAGUAUUGGCAAGAUGAGUGCGGCCAAGAGAACAUUAAGCAAGAAGGAACAAGAGGAACUGAAAAAGAAGGAAGAUGAAAAGGCAGCUGCAGAAAUUUAUGAAGAAUUCCUUGCUGCCUUUGAAGGAAGUGAUGGGAAUAAAGUAAAGACGUUUGUCAGAGGUGGUAUUGUUAACGCAUCUAAAGAAGAACAUGAAACUGAUGAAAAACGAGGAAAAAUCUACAAGCCUUCAUCACGAUUUGCAGAACCAAGAAAUCAGCAAAGUCAGUCAUCCUCUAAUGAGAGACCUCCAUCCCUUCUGGGGAUAGACACCAAAAAGCCGCCUUUGAAGAAAGGGGAAAAAGAAAAGAAAAAGAGCAAUUUGGAGCUUUUUAAAGAAGAAUUAAAACAAAUUCAAGAAGAACGUGAUGAAAGGCAUAAAACCAAAGGUAGAUUAAGUCGUUUUGAGCCACCUCAGUCAGAUUCGGAUGGACAGCGUCGUUCCAUGGACGCUCCUUCACGAAGAAACAGAUCUUCGGUACUGGAUGACUAUGCUCCAGGUUCACAUGAUGUAGGAGAUCCAAGCACAACAAAUUUGUACCUUGGAAACAUUAAUCCCCAGAUGAAUGAGGAGAUGUUAUGCCAAGAAUUUGGGCGCUUUGGACCCCUAGCGAGUGUCAAAAUUAUGUGGCCAAGAACUGAUGAAGAAAGAGCAAGAGAAAGGAAUUGUGGGUUUGUUGCCUUCAUGAACAGGAGAGAUGCUGAACGUGCGCUAAAGAAUUUAAACGGCAAGAUGAUCAUGUCGUUUGAGAUGAAACUCGGCUGGGGCAAAGCUGUUCCUAUUCCUCCACAUCCUAUAUACAUUCCUCCUUCUAUGAUGGAGCAUACUCUCCCUCCACCUCCAUCGGGACUGCCCUUUAAUGCUCAGCCCAGAGAGAGAUUGAAGAACCCUAAUGCGCCAAUGUUGCCACCACCAAAAAACAAGGAGGAUUUUGAGAAGACUCUGUCGCAAGCCAUAGUCAAAGUGGUUAUCCCAACAGAAAGGAAUUUGCUUGCGCUGAUACAUCGAAUGAUAGAGUUUGUGGUGCGUGAAGGGCCUAUGUUUGAAGCCAUGAUUAUGAACCGAGAAAUCAACAAUCCAAUGUUCAGGUUUUUAUUUGAGAAUCAGACUCCAGCACAUGUCUACUACAGGUGGAAACUUUAUUCAAUCCUACAGGGUGAUGCUCCAACCAAAUGGAGAACUGAAGACUUUCGUAUGUUUAAAAAUGGGUCCUUCUGGAGGCCACCCCCUUUAAACCCAUAUCUCCAUGGGAUGUCAGAAGAACAAGAGCCUGAAGCAUUUGUUGAGGAGCCCAGCAAGAAGGGUGCACUUAAGGAAGAGCAGAGGGACAAGUUAGAGGAAAUCCUGCGUGGCUUAACACCUCGUAAGAACGAUAUUGGAGAUGCAAUGGUUUUCUGUCUUAAUAAUGCUGAAGCUGCUGAAGAAAUUGUAGAUUGCGUCACAGAGUCGCUGUCAAUCUUGAAGACUCCACUUCCUAAAAAGAUUGCAAGAUUAUAUUUGGUUUCUGAUGUGUUAUAUAAUUCUUCCGCUAAAGUUGCCAAUGCAUCAUAUUACAGAAAGUUUUUUGAAACAAAGCUAUGUCAGAUAUUUUCUGAUUUGAACGCUACCUACCGAUCAAUACAAGGCCACUUGCAGUCUGAAAACUUCAAGCAACGGGUAAUGACAUGCUUCAGAGCAUGGGAAGACUGGGCGAUUUAUCCAGAACCAUUUUUGAUCAAACUGCAGAAUAUUUUCUUGGGGCUUGUAAAUAUUAUAGAAGAAAAAGAAGUGGAGGAAGUGCCGGAUGAUCUUGACGGAGCUCCCAUUGAGGAAGAACUAGAUGGUGCUCCUCUGGAGGAUGUGGAUGGGAUUCCUAUUGAUGUUGCUCCUAUAGAUGAUAUUGAUGGAGUGCCUAUCAAGACACUUGAUGAUGACCUUGAUGGUGUACCUUUGGAUACAAGUGAAGAAUCUAAAAAGAAUGAGCCAAUAUUCAAAGUCGCCCCUUCAAAAUGGGAAGCAGUGGAUGAGUCUGCCCUUGAAGCUCAAGGUCAGUGCUCGGUAACAACAUCUAAAUGGGAGCUGUUUGACCAGCAUGAGGAAUCAGAAGAGGAAGAAAAUCAGAACCAAGAAGAAGAAAGUGAAGAUGAGGAAGAUACUCAGAGUUCUAAAUCAGAGGAGCAUCACAUGUACUCCAACCCCAUCAGAGAAGAAAUGCCCGAUUCAAAGUCUUCAAUCAAGUACUCAGAAAUGAGUGAGGAAAAGCGUGCCAAACUCCGAGAGAUUGAGCUGAAGGUCAUGAAGUUUCAGGAUGAAUUGGAAUCUGGGAAACGGCCCAAGAAGCUAGGCCAGAGUUUUCAGGAACAGGUUGAACACUACAGAGAUAAGCUGCUCCAGAGAGAAAAGGAAAAGGAGCAGGAGAGGGAGAGAGAAAGAGACAAGAAGGAUAAAGAAAAAUCUGAAUCCAGAUCUAAAGAGAAGAAGGAAAAAGAAGAAAGUACACCAACAAGAAAAGAGAGGAAAAGGCGGCACAGCACGUCACCCAGUCCAUCCCGCAGCUGUGGAAGUCGACGAGCAAAAUCGCCAUCACCCAAAUCAGAACGCUCAGAGCGAUCUGAAAGAUCCCACAAAGAAAGUUCACGUUCCCGAUCCUCUCACAAAGAUUCGCCCAGAGAUGCCAGUAAAAAAGCCAAAAGAUCACCAUCUGGCUCAAGGACACCCAAAAGAUCAAGGCGGUCACGAUCCAGGUCACCUAAAAAGUCAGGGAAAAAAUCCAGGUCUCAGUCCCGGUCUCCACACAGAUCCCACAAGAAGUCGAAGAAGAGUAAACACUGACAAACUGUUAAUUUUUAUGCUGUCAUUUACUGGAAAUGCGGUUUUGUUUUUGUGCCUGAACAGUCUGUUUUAAAAACAAAACACAAAAAAGCAUUCCUAAAUUUUUUUGUGAAUGCACGUGUAUACUCAUGAGUAACUGCGUCGGUAGACUGUCAUUGUUUUAUAUUGUACAAAAUACCUUCAUUGUGGCUACUUCCCAUGAUGAAAUUUUGUGUUCAGAAACUUCAUCUGAAAUGUGUGUAACUGAUCUGCUGGCAGUAGUGGUAUUUUGUUUUAGAAUGUUGUGACUUAGCAAAAAAACCACAGUUGUUCUCCCCCCUUUCCUCCUCUUUUUUUUUUUGUAGCUUUGACAACUUGAAUUAGAUUUCAAAUAAAAUCCGAAAGAAAAUAUACAGAAACUGUUUUCUUUCCCUUCCUACAUUGAUUAUUCAGUCCAUAUCGUGGCAGUCCUAUGUGUUGCAAAUCCUUUAACAGGAUUCUUCAGCGUGGUGGUCAGGCUGAA